ACAUAUUUCAACGGUAUUUUCUGUACCUUUCUACCUUUGCUCUGAUCAUUCAUUCAACUUUCAAAAUAUCGUACUGUGUAAAUCCACUCUUUGUCCGCACUAAUUUGUGUACACCUUAAAUUCAGCUUUGAAUAUUUUCAUUCAUUGGAUGAAACCAUUCAACGCCACAAUAAACAAACACUGAUCUUUAACCAUUUUUCAAAUUCAAAUUUGACAUUUCACAACAACAAAAUUUCAAACAAAACAAAAGCCAGAGAAAAUGCUAAAUAAGUUUUAUUAAAUUUUAAUGAAAUAAAGUACGAAAUGGAUCAAAAUGUUGAUUUAUUAUCUUAUAAAAACUGUGCUGGAUCAGAAUAUAAAGAAUUACUCCUCAAAUAUGCCAAAGAUUCCUUCAUGAAUAAAAACAUUGAACAUUCCAUAUUUUAUCAAAUAAAAUCGCUCUGUAGUGGUUUCGAAUCGCGUUAUGGUGAAAUAACUGAAGAAACAGAAUUUCCAGAGACAGAAAUCACUGAGGAACAAGAGCGACUAUUUCAAGAUCGUCCACUUUUCAAAUACGCUAUUGAAUACUUGAAAAGCAGAAAAGUUGUAAAAUCUUCUCUGAAACCCAAAAUCAGGAAAAGUACAUUCAACAACUCAAUAGAUUCCAUCCAAGAUGUCCAAGAUAUCUGUUCCUCACUUCCUCAAGAAUGGACAAUAAUCCAAUUAUGCAAGGAACAACGCGAAGACACCACUUACUCAAUUUUCCAAGAGAUCUUUGCUGCCAAUGCUCCCAUCUACCUCUCAAUUCUAAAACAUCCUCGAAGCAAAGACUACCCAAAACCUAUUUGUCUUCGAUUGACAAGUGACAAUCAAGAGGAACUUUUCAAAAAGUUCUCAAUUCUAACCAAGUCAUUCUCUGAAUUCUCAACUGUACCACCUGGUUCGGGUCAACCAAAGACCACUCGAGAAUUAGAAAGCUAUUGGGCUGGAAUGGCUGUUCUCGAAUCCCGAAUUGCGGAUGCAAUCGCUGAACUAAAGACUUUCAUGGGACCCUGGAUAAGUCUCCUCUGUGGCAAUGUAAAACCUCCCUUCAAAGAUAAACAACACAAGAUUUUUAAAGCUGUCGAUAAAUUCUGCGAUUCCAAUGACAUUGAAUGCCAGGAGCAACGAGUGCUGCUAAGUCUAUUAGCCCAACAGCGACACCUUCUCACUGAUGAACACAUAAAACAAGCUAGCACUGCUGUAGUUGCAAUGAUGGCAGGUGAUGGCGAUGAGGGUGCUGAUGGGGAAGAAGAAAACCUAACCACAAGUCGGGUAAUUUAUGAAUUUCUCAUGAAAUUGCCAUCGGAAGACGGAAUUGCAUUUGGUCCUUGCAUUCUCAUACUCGAUGAACGAAUUGAUCAUUUUUAUUGGGAAGUUUUAAAUCCAUGGCAAGAGUUGUGUCGUAUAAGCUCAUUUCAUAUUCUUGUUGGUCUGUAUGAGCGCUAUAAAUCGAAAAUCAAAAAAGGAUAUUUGAUGGCGGAUGUGGAGAAUGGACGUUGUGUCAUUAAUCCAGAUUCGAAUUUACCAAACAUGGAAGAACGAAUGAAGAAUUUCUUUAACUACUGGUUGCCCAAUUGGAAGUGCACAUAUAACAUUGUUCCGAAAAUGGAGGAUUACAGGAAAUUGUUUGAUGAAGCCGAUUGUUAUGUAUAUUGUGGCCAUGGAUCAGGACUUCAAUAUUUAAAUGGACGUAAAAUAAGUAAAUUCCAAAUGAAAUGCAUCGUCUUCCUAUUCGGUUGUGAUUCAGUUCGUCUGAGGUCUCCAGGACUUCAUGGUGAAAUGGUUGCCUCGCAUUUGUUUUAUCAUGCAGCUUUGUGUCCAGCUGUUGUGGGUACUUUGCAAUUAGGAUUCGAUUUUCAAGUAGAUAAAAUAGCAACCAACCUCCUUAGCGAAUGGAUUCCAUCGAAUAACCAAGACAUAGUUCACUGGCAUAAUAUUGAUAAAGCAUGUUGGAAAAAAGGAACAAUACAAUCUAUUCAGUCGAAAAACACAAGAAUUCUUAUGGAUAAUUAUGAAGGAAGUCUUGCAAAAGCUGUUUCAGCUAUUCAUCAAAAAACCGAAGAGAAACUUUAUAAAACUGUGGGUUUUGUCUAUCGCGGACUGCCAGUAUGGAAUGCUAGUGAAAAAGUACGUUGAAGAAAAUAAUUAAAACGAUUAAAAGCGCAUAAGAAAACAAAUCCUCAUUAAAAAAAUGUGUUGUUAUUGCAAUACAUGUGAAAAAAUUCGAAGAAUAAAUUUGAUCAUUAUUUUUUGAAUUGCACAAUUACUCAAAUUUGUACAUAUCCUAAAUCUUAUAGAGAGCACAACAGGUGAGUACUUCAAUGCUUAUGGCGUUAAUGCCUUUAAAUUUGUUUGUUUUUUUU